AUGUCGAACCUUAUCAACAAAGCAAAGGAUGCCCUUUCGGGCCACAAGGACCAUUCCACCACCACUGGUACCACCGGCACCACACACGGAGGAGCAGCGGGCACAUACGAUGAUCCUCGUUCCACCAAUGCUGGACCUCACAGCUCCAACCUAGCCAACAAGGCUGAUCCAAGAGUUGAUUCUGAUCGCGACGGCCAAUAUGGUACACACACUGGUACCGCCGGUGGUAUUGGGGGCACUCAUACCGGCGCCCACACUGGGGGUAUUGGAGGUACUCACACUGGUGCCCACACUGGUGGUAUCGGAGGUAGUCACACCGGAGCCCACACUGGCGGCAUCGGCGGCAACACUGGCGCUGGUUAUGGACCAACAGGAACAUCGACCAACGCCGGACCACACAGUUCAAACCUCGCAAACAAAGCAGACCCUCGGGUUGACUCAGACCUCGACGGAGGACGCCAUACAGGUACAACAGGUUCCGGCUUGACAGGUGGCAGUUCAGGACUCACUGGCUCGCAUGGUACUCACGGUACGACAGGAGGUAUUGGUGGCACCCACGGUACCUCAGGCGGCGCUUAUGGAAAUGAUCCCCGCUCGACGAACGCAGGACCACACAGCUCCAAUCUAGCAAACAAGCUCGAUCCCAGAGUUGAUUCAGACCGCGACGGUGGACAUCCAGGAUCAGGAAAUACCCUUGGCAACUCAUCAGCCACUACUGGUGGUGUUGGUGGUGGUUAUGGAACAACUGGUCAUGGCACAAGCGGAGUGCAUCAUGCUACUACAGGUAGCGGCAUUGGCGGCACUCAUGGCUCAACCAAUGCUGGUCCACACAACUCCAAUGUUUUGAACAAGGCAGAUCCCCGUGUUGACAGUGAUCGCGACGGACGCUCCGGACUCGGAGGUGGUGUUGGCCACGGAACGACCGCUGGUCACACCGGUGCUCAUGGCACGACAGGUACCUACGGCACAACGGGCACCCACGGCGCACCAGGGACUCACAACGAUGGUAGCACAACUGCUUCCGGGCUUCCAAGCACUCAAUCCGCCAGUCAUGGUAGCAAACUGAUGAACAAAUUAGAUCCACGUGUGAAGAACGACAAGGAGGGCAACCCGACUCAUUGA